UAUAUCUUUAUUUGCCUUAAAAUUGUAUGUUUGUAGUAAGAAAAAGUUUUUUUUUAAAUGGACCGCUUUAGAGAGGUGCCAAAAUGCUGCACUUACUCAUUGUGCCCAUGUCAUAAGGACAAAUCCAAACGGAGGCCAAAGCCAAAGGCGGUCACAGACGUCCACCCACAGGAAUUGCCCUUUCCCAUGCUGCUGAACAGGGAAUGCCUGCACAAAGUGAUUGACAUCUACAUGGACAAGUUGGCGCAGGAACAUCCACGGGCAACAAUGGGCCAUGGUUCACCUUCCCCGUGCUUUCAGAGAUCGAUGCUGUGGUACUUGGAGAACUUCUUUGACGAUAUAAAGCGCUGCUUCGUCGGGGGCACUAUUCCCGAAGUAGAGGCCUAUGCAGCGUGCUGCAAGAACAGAAAAAAGAUGGCAUCACAAAUCAAGUCUCAGGACGACACCAAAGUGCACAAAGAACCCUCGAUAGCCCCCUUCAAGCCUGGCAGCACCUCGUACAUCCGAAACCGGCCAAAGUGGCACCUCGAGCACGAACAAAGCCUCAAAGAUGCGGCAGAGGAACGAGAUCGAAGAGACCAGCAGGAAAAUGAGCAGAAGGAAACUAGAAAAGACAAUGCACUGGAAAAGUUUCGGACUACUUUGGAGCAAAACAAAAGGCAAAACCUUCGACGAAGACAGAAGCUUAGGCGAGAAUCAGGAAUCGCAAAAGGGAUCCCAGACUCUGGACCAUAUCGUGAUCCAACUCCAGAGCAGCCUCCCAUCCAGGAGCCGGAAGAGAACCAAGUGGAGAAAAUAUCUCAUGAAAAGAACUUAAUGAGAAUCUUUCCCAAACGUAAAUCAGGUGCCUCCAUACAUACGCCUUUUGGAAAAUACAUGAAAGGCGAAGAAAGUAAAGAAAGGAAGUCGUUCACAAAGCCCUUACAUGAAAUGCUACACAACCAGACCGUGCCAGAGCUGACUUCUAUGCUUGGAAGCUCGCACCGAAUGCCGGUGAUGUAUCAAGAGGACUCUGAGGGGAAACAAGAGGAUGCCCAGAAGAAGCGAACGUCUGCAGAUGCCUCCAAAAAGGAACAGGACUCCAAGAGGAAGCGAACAACAGGACUUAAGAAAAGAGCUGUAGACAGUGCAAAAAAUGAAAAGGACUCCAAGAGGCAGCGAACGACUGGCAAGAACAGAUCCAAACGUGAACUGGAAGGAAUGGAAAGUUUUGACAAAUCUGAGAGAGCCUAUCGCAAGGAAAGAACUGGAGAAACCUCCAAAAAUGAACAGGACUCCAAGAGAAAGAAAACGAAAGUACUCAAUAAAAGAGGUGCAGAUAGCGAAAAAUAUGAACAGGACUCCAAGGGGAAGCGAACGACUGGCAAGAAAAGAUCCAAACGUGAACUGGAUGGAAUGGAAAGUUUUGACGAAUUUGAGAAAGCCUAUCGCAAGGAAGGAGCUGGAAAAACCACCAAAUAUGAAGAGGACUCCAAGAGGAAGCGAACGACAGGCAAGAAAACAUCCAAGCGUGAUCUGGAAGGAAUGGAAAGUUUUGACGAAUUUGAGAAUGCCUAUCGCGAGAAAAAAGCCAGAGAAAUCUCCAAAAAUGAACAGGACUCCAAGAGAAGGCCAACGACAGAAUUCAACACAAGAGCCGGAGAAACCUCCAGAAAUGAACAGGGCUCCAAGAGGAAGCGAACGUCUGGUAGUCCGCGUCAGACAGCCACCAGCAAAAGACCUGGGGAACACUCCAAAAUUGACCAAGGAACACGGGACGGAAGAAAAAGCAUUGACAGCUUUGCCAGCAUCAAUAUAGAUGCUUUCCUCAAGGAAAGAGAGAAAGCCGACUCCGUCCAGAAGAGGUCCCUACUAAAUCGUGGGAAGAAAGUCAAUGUAAUAAAUCCAAAGUUCUCGAGCACCUUCGGGGAAAUGCUAACAGGAAGAGCUGCAGCCGUACCAGAGCUCCAUCCGGCCCUGAAAAGUUUCCACCAAAUGCCCACAGUCAAUGAUACCCCCCCAGGACCCAAGCGAUCGCAUCGCUCGAAACAUGGACAAAUCAUAACAGGAAUACCCGCACGCACUCACGCACCCAGGAGAAAUAACUUUGCGAAAAUGGGCGCAUACUAUCACUUACCCAAGAGGCGGAAGGGACCCAAUGCGCUAAGUGCGGAUGUGGCUAGCCUUCUUGAACCUUCCUACAUGGAGCCAAUCGGCUCGAUCCUUAAGGAGUCACCGAAGUUCAAGAGCGAGAUUUCUGAGCACAACACCUGGUAUAAAAUAAGAACGAAAUUCAAAUCGUCGGGGAAGAAUAUCCCCCGUCUAGGAAAUAAAGUAAACGCUGACUACAAGCCGGAAGAAUUGAUACCCUACGUCGCCAAAACUCAGAAUGGAAUAGACUCUUCUUUGUUUGGCCAUGUAUAUGUGGGUGAAACGUCCAGUCUUACAGACAAUCCGGCUUCGAAAGAAACGCGAUUGCAAAAGUUCACGAACUACAUCAGAGGCUCAAGACCGGAUCGUAAAAUACUGAGAAGAGAGGGUUCGAAGCACUCCAUCGGGUACCUGUCGCCCACGAAAAGCCUGAUUAGCCGGGCGAGUUGGCUGAGCAAGAGAAGCGAUGUUUUCCAUCCUUUAAAAGGACACGGGUCAGUGGUCAGCAUAAUGGAAGUGAAAACGGAGCCUGUGCAAAAAGAAAAGGAGGAAGAGUUCGUUGAAUUCGAUGAAUUCGACUUUAUGUUCAGGAACAUGCCAGACCCUUUCCUCAGCGACAACGAUCGGAAGUCCCAGGCUCCCUCGCCAACACGCUCAGUGACCACAUCCAGGCGACCCAGUUCUUUGCUCCGUACAGAGAACACAAUGGAUGAGCGCGCCGCCCUGGAGGCGAAAAUCAAGAAGCUCAUGGAGCACUGUGCCAUACGGGAGAUCGCUCAACCCAAGGCGAAGCGUAAUUUUGUGUCCGAGGCCAUUGGUCGUACCUAUGUUCCUCCGCCAAACAAGAGACCAGAUCACAUCAAGGCCAAGCCGAAGCCGAAGGACAAGUUCCCCACUAGGAUGGAGUUAGUCCAUGUGCCCAAGCCCACCAGGGCGCCAUCGUUCGCUGAGAGGACCCGUCAAAAAUUCCAGGCCGAACUACAGUCCGAAGAGUGGAAAUAUCCCCUGCUGGAGCCGAUAAAGCCUGUGAAGAUACGUCGCUAUUCAGAACCUCUUCGCAUCCCAUCUCCCGAAUGGGUAGUUAAAUUGCUGGAGGAUACUCUCGAAGCACCUCCAAAACCGGCGUAUGAGCGAGGAGCUGGAGAUAGCCCAGCCGCGGAUGGAGGUCAUUGCACUAUCUGCGAUCAGCUUGAAAAGAAUAAACGCGAGCCAGACUCUCCCCUGAUCAAGAGGUUAAAGGCCCAAUCGCGACGUCUUGAACUCCGUGCCUACUACCGACUAAUGAUGCUUCGAGAGCGACAGAAAAACCUGCAAGCGACUCCUGUAGCUCCCUUUCCAGAGGGAACUACUCCUUUGCCAGCUCAGAAAGCGAAGGAGUGUCUACAAUGUGAACGAAAUAAGCAUCUAGAAAGAGCUUCGAAGAGUUUAGAACUGCAGUCACAAGCAGAGAUUGUGUAACUUUUGGAUAAUAUAUCCAUAGGCAUCUCCAAAGAACGUAUCGUCUCCGCCUUGGACAAAGUUGCCUUCAUACAAAUUCUGUGUUUCGAUGCCCAGAGGCAGACCGGAACUCUGAUUGCCAGGUGGGAGUAUAUAUAGUACCUCAGCUGGCAACCAGGUGGCCAGUCUGCCUCCGUCAUCCAACGAAUGUACAUAUCAUUUUUACAAAUACAAAUUAAAACGUUUUUAUUUGCGUACAAAUAACAUACAAGAGAUAUAAAUGCAAUGCUGGCUGGGAAGAUUCCCGAUUUCAGAAACAGUUGAGUUUAUUCGUUGGUGAAGUUGGCUGGGCGCUUCUCUGCAAAGGCAGUCAUGCCCUCCUUGCGAUCGGCCUGCGGCAAACAAAGAAACGAUAAGAUUACAAAAAUAGAUACGUGUAUAGUAAGAGAUGUCCACUUACCGUGGAGAACGUGGCGUGGAAGGUGCGACGCUCGAACUUCAGACCCUCCUGGAGUGUGGUCUCGUAGGCCGUGUUCACCGACUCCUUGCACAGCUGAACAAUCAGGCUCGAGUGGGUGCCAAUUUUCUCAGCAAGUUUGAUCGCCUCGGCGAGCAGCUGAUCAGCUGGAACGACCUUGCUGGCCAGACCGAGCUUCUCGGCUUCCUGGGCACUGAUCAUGUUGCCAGUGAGGCACAUCUCCAUGGCCUUGGACUUGCCCACGACGCGAGUGAGGCGUUGGGUGCCGCCAGCUCCGGGAAUGGUGCCCAGAGCGAUCUCAGGCUGGCCAAACUUGGCCUUGUCGCCGGCAUAGAUGAUGUCACACAUCAUGGCUAGCUCACAGCCGCCACCUAGGGCAUAGCCAUUCACAGCAGCAAUGAUGGGCUUCUGGGUGCGUGCCACCUCAACCCAGUCAUUGAGGAAGUUUCCUUGAAUGCACUGCGAGUAGGUGUUUCCCACCAUCUCCUUGAUGUCAGCGCCGGCGGCGAAGGCCUUCUCACUGCCAGUCAGCACAAUGGCGGCGAUGCUCUUGUCCUUGGAAAACUGCUGCAGAGCGGUGGAGAUUUCCUUCAUGAGGCCGUUGCAGAGGGCAUUCAGUGCCUUGGGACGGUUCAGUGUGAUCACGG